GCCGGGAAGAAAGGAGGAAUCGACGUGAUCUGAUGACGCUCGCCCCUCGGCGGCGAACAUUGAUGGUGUCAUCGAGGGCCCGCCCACCCGCCUGCGACCCAUUUCCGAGUUGCACCAGAGCAUGAGGAUCUUAUGGAGGCCAUUUGGAUUCUCAAGAAGACUUCUCAAAGUGGAAAGCUGUAGAAUAACUGAAGCAGAAUCAUUGAUUCCACUAGCUUGGGCAUCACUGAUACAGAAGCUUAGCAGAACACCUGGUAUUUUCUUGUUGGAUCAAAGAAAAAGAUUCUCAACCAUGCCUGAAAUAGAAACAAAUCAGAGAGACUCUGAAUUGUUUUCACCCCCCUCUGAUGUUCGAGGAAUGACAGAACUUGAUAGAACAGCUUUUAAAAAGACAAUCACCAUUCCGGUGCUUAAAGUGAGGAAAGAAAUAGUCAAUAAAUUGAUGCGAUCCCUUAAAAGGGCAGCACUGCAGCGCCCAGGCAUAAAACGUGUGAUUGAAGAUCCAGAAGAUGAAGAAAGUAGACUAAUUAUGUUGGAUCCCUAUAAAAUGUUUACUGAUGAUUCCUUUGAGAAAGGAGAACUCAGUAUUUUAAAGCAGCUGAAUGUCAAUCCACAGAUAUCUAAAUAUAAUUUGGAACUAACUUAUGAAAACUUUAAGUCAGAAGAAAUCUUGAAAGCUGUGCUUCCUGAAGGUCAAGAUGUGACUUCAGGGUUUAGCAGAGUUGGACAUAUUGCCCACCUGAACCUUCGAGAUCAUCAACUACCUUACAAGCAUUUAAUUGGCCAAGUUAUGAUUGACAAAAAUCCAGGAAUCACCUCAGCGGUAAAUAAAAUUAAUAACAUUGAUAAUACCUACCGAAAUUUCCAAAUGGAAGUGCUAUCUGGAGAGGAGAAUAUGAUGACCAAGGUCCGAGAAAACAACUACACUUACGAAUUUGAUUUUUCAAAAGUCUAUUGGAAUCCUCGUCUCUCCACAGAACACAGCCGUAUCACAGAACUUCUCAAACCUGGGGAUGUCCUAUUUGAUGUUUUUGCUGGGGUUGGGCCCUUUGCCAUUCCAGUAGCAAAGAAAAACUGCACUGUAUUUGCUAAUGAUCUCAAUCCUGAAUCCCAUAAAUGGUUACUACACAAUUGUAAAUUAAAUAAAGUGGACCAAAAGGUGAAAGUCUUUAACUUGGAUGGGAAAGACUUCCUCCAAGGACCAGUCAGAGAAGAAUUAAUGCAGCAGCUGGGACCACUGUCAAAAGAAAGAAAACACUCUGUGCACAUUGUCAUGAACUUACCAGCAAAGGCUAUUGAGUUUCUGAGUGCUUUCAAAUCACUCUUAGAUGGACAGCCAUGCGACAGUGAGCUUUUUCCCAUUGUGCACUGUUACAGCUUUUCCAAAGAUGCUAAUCCUGCUAAGGAUGUUCAGCAACGAGCUGGAACUGUGUUAGGCAUCUCCUUGGAGACAUGCAGUUCAGUUCACCUAGUAAGAAAUGUGGCCCCUAACAAGGAAAUGUUAUGCAUCACUUUUCGGAUUCCUGCUGCUAUACUUUACAAGAACCAGACCCUAAAUGGAGACAAUCAUGAAGAUCCACCUACUAAACGCCAGAGGACAGAUAAAGACUUUUAGGAAGAAAAAACACAAAUUGCUUCAAUCACUUAAUUGGAAAUAUUUUCUCCAGCUCCCCACUAGACCUUUAUGUAGUGAAAUAUCAUUUGUAUGAUUUCUAAUAUUUUAGCAUUCAGUUACUUUAGUAUUGAACCCUUAUAUUUUGCCCUAGCUGUCUUAUAAAUUGGGGAUUAUCAAAUUAAAAUUUAAAUAAGUCUACUAAAUACAUUUUUAUGUUAUAAUUUUAUCAUCAAAUAUAUCUAAUAUUUUAUUAGAUAAAUAUGUUUAAAUAUUGUCUUUCUCUUGGGAAAAUAGUUUUUGAAGGUAGGAUAAUUGCAUGCUAACUAGGAAAGAACUAAUCAUUUUACAGUUAUCCUUAGUUGAAGAGUGUAGCUAAGUUUUAUAGAAGUACUCCUACACUAUUACUAUAAAAGUACUAACAAAUGAGAUUAUUUAGAUUAGAGAUAGGCAGACUAUGUCCAGCAGGCCAAAUCUGGUCCACCACGUGUUGCUGUAUGGCAAGUGACCUGAGAAUGGUUCUUACAUUUUUAAAUGGCUGAAAAAGAAUCAAAAGAAUAAUAUUUUGUGACAUGAAAAUUAUAUGAAAUUUGAAUUUCAGUGUCCAUAAAUAAAGUUUUAUUAGAACACACCAUA